UCAUAGUCAGAUGAAAAUGAAAGUGACAAAAGCUUUUUUCUGCAUUUGAUCUUACAAAAAGUUGGUUAAACUGUAAAGUUUUACACUUUGGAAAGGUUUCGCCAAGAUCGUUUUCUGGGUAAAAUUGUUUUGUUCAGUUAGACCCACACAUGCGCAGUAGGUGCCACAACGUUUUAAAGCCAAAGCACUCACACAUCCGCUAAACUAACUUAGCUCAUAAAUAUAAGUGAUAGGACGUCGAAAUCAUUUACACGAAUCUUUUUAAUUUAUUUUGUUAAAUAAAGCAAUAUAUCUUGUCGAGUUGUAAUAUAUAUUUUAUUACCUUUUUGUCUAUGUCUUUAUUAAAUAUGUGCAUUGACGUGCAAAUUAUAUAUAUAUUUUUAUUAAUACGUAAUGCAAAUUAUAAUAAUAUACGAUUCAUUUUGGACUAUGUACAUGAAUAUAGACGCGUCUUUUGUGCUUUUGCUUUUUUGAAUACCAUACUUUAUAUGACAUUAAUAUGUUGAAAAGUUUGUAUCUUACAGUUUGUAUUUUUUAGGGUGACUUGACUAACAUUCAGUCCAUGGAAUAGCCUCUGACUCAUUUAAAGUAUGUUUAUUAAUUAGAACUGCCGCUUUUAAAUAAAAUAAUAAAAAUAUAUUAUAAUCAAAAUACUAAUCAAACUCUAUCAUGAGCUAGUCCUGCAUAUUGCACUGACCUGACCGCUAACGCGUGCAACAGCGCCAUCUAUUGGUCGAGCUGAAGAGUUGCAGAAGCGUCACUGGGCGUGACUGGUUGCUAAGAGCACAAAAUUAAAUUCAACAACUUUGAGGGGUGUUUUUGAAAGGAAAUUAAUUAAGGAAAAUUUUAGCUCCCAACAUAAUUUUUCUGGCUCCCUUUGACUCCAGUUUGCGCCUGGAUUACAGAAUGGUCCACCAGAUUGUGAGGGAGCUGACUGUGGGAAUGUAUGGUUUUAACCAAUUUCCUUUAUCAGUCUGCUGGUACCCAACUAUGACCAGAGCUCCACGUGCCAGUUGCCACCAGCAUAUUACGAUACAAAGUCGGUCAGAUAAAAAUAAACAGAUUAUACCAUGAAGGCUCUCUGGCACAGAAGUUACAUUGAGAAAUGCAUACACGCAUACCCAAGAUUUAUGGGGCCCUAAGCAGAAUUUUAUUUGGGGGCCCCUUCGUGUCGCCAAUACGACUGAUCAAUGUCAAUGCUUGAUUAUUCACACACUAUAAAUCUAGCGCACCCAUUAUCAGUUUAAUUUGUUGUAGCUGUGUGUGUUGUUUACAUCACACCAAUGUUUUUACCCUUGUGUGAUUUUUACUUGUAACAAUAUAACAAACCCAGAAGAGUGCUCAGGUGUUCAUUUGCACUUUACCAUUCAGUCUUACAGUACUAAGUGUUAUAUAAUGUGGUGUACUGAAAAGUAGCUAAAUAAACCAGUAGACAAUGCAUUUACAGAAAAGAAUGUUAUUUUAACAACAUAAAUUAUCAGAACGUCAGAAAAUCGUCAGCAUAAUCACUACCAUAAUAUUUGUAAGAAUAAUAUUUAUAUAGGAAUUUAGUUUAUGAAUAUGCUUAUAAUAAACGGUUUUAGUAAUUUAUUUAGAAUAAUAUAUACUUUUAUCUAUGUUCUAAAAAAAAAAAGAAAAAAAGCACCUUUCUUUAAAUGUUGUUCUUUGAUUUUAGUUCAUUCCUUAUUAAUUUAGCAUUUUUUAGUCUUGCUUUUAUAUCAACAAGUGGGUCUUAUUUUGUUGUUGUUGAAUUUCCUGUACUGUUCUUGAUAACUUUCAAAGAAUUAUAAGAUUUGAUAAGAAGGAUAUGAUUUCAGAGAAUGGUUCUCGUAUUGCAUAAAGUCUCAAGUCAACCCUUGGCACAGUAAACUCUCUCUGAACUUCACCCUGUGUUCAGGUGUCCAGCUAGAAGUUCGGGAACAGGGUGCAACAGUUCUGUGUGCCCUGGCAGGACAAACUGAAGCAACAGAAACUCAUGGCAGAACAGAUGGGCUACCCGGCCAUCCUUGACCUUCUUCUGUCCUCUUCAAACUAAAUGCAAUAUGUGGGUCAGAUAAAAAUUGGUCUCAUUAUACACCAUCCCAAAAGAGAUCACCCAGUUCCAUCCAACCAAUCAGUCACCCAUGAAUGUAAGUAACACUCUCCCUGCAAAGCUGUCGUCCAGACAGAACAGAAGAAGCACCAAAUGCAAUAAAAACAGCUUCCCAUUGACUACGUGCUGACAGGCACUGGAUAAACUGAGCAGAUUGAGUACCUGAGCUUCUCCCGGUCGAUGACAGAACAGGUCUGGUCCAGCGGUUCGCACAGCAUCGUCAUCGACAGCUUCUGGCGAAAUGUAGAAAGUCUCCUCACAUAUAUGGAGAAUUUAGCUGAAGAUGCCAGAAUAUCGCAAGUGUUUACAGCAGAGAUUGAAAGACAGAGAAGAACAGGGAAUCCAUCCCUCAGUUUGGAGAUAAAUGGCAGCCCUCCUGUGCCUCAUCGUGAUAAUAAAGGACUGGCAAAGAGAAUGAACGUCAGUCUGCAACUGGGGACAGAGAAACACCAGCUCUUUUGCCACACCAUUUAAGAUAGAGGGCCAGAACUGCCAACCCCAGAGUCAGAACGGGACAGAUGUCCUGCCACAAUGCCCCAAAACAAAGGUUGAAUGAAAAUACCUGAAAGGUCAAGAACUGCCAUGCACACCAAAAGGUGAUUUAAAAAGAAAUAACAUCAUUAACUUUGAAUUAAAGCAUAUGCAAAACAGA